AUGCGGAGCGUCAGUCAAGGCGAGAAUAGCGAACUUUGGCAACGCAGAGCAAGGAGAAUAGGCAGUAGUACUGAUAAUUUAAAUUUUUAUUUUAUAUUGCAGGUAGAACCUAGUGAUACCAUAGAAAAUGUUAAGGCCAAGAUUCAAGAUAAAGAAGGUAUCCCUCCUGAUCAGCAACGUUUAAUUUUUGCUGGAAAACAAUUAGAAGAUGGACGUACAUUGUCUGAUUAUAACAUUCAAAAGGAAUCCACUUUACAUCUUGUUUUAAGAUUAAGAGGUGGUGCUAAGAAGCGCAAGAAGAAGAAUUACACAACCCCUAAGAAAAAUAAGCAUAAGAAGAAGAAGGUUAAAUUAGCUGUUCUUAAAUUCUAUAAAGUUGAUGAAAAUGGAAAAAUAACUCGACUCAGAAGAGAGUGUCCAAAUGAUGAAUGUGGAGCAGGAGUAUUCAUGGCAUCUCAUUUUGAUAGACAGUACUGUGGUAAAUGCUGUCUUACUUUUGUGUAUAAUAAACCACCUGAAGCUUAAUCUAGUGAUGGAAAUGCAGUGACAAUAUAAAUAAAGCUGUAUUGAAAAUGUU